AACACACAAAUAACUCAAUUAAUCAAUUCAUUCUGAUACACAGAAUGACCUCCAAAUGUCUUUCAGUCACAUCUUGUCAUAAUAAAAGAUGUCCUGUGUAAAUAGCUGUUCUUCCCCAGUGUACAGAUAGUGGUGAUCUCAUCCGAAACCUUGAGACUAUAGGGGUGUGGGGUGUGGUUGGUGAGAGCCAGAUACGAUCUUGGGAACACAAAGAUGCUGAUGAUGCAAAUGAAUCUCAAAGAGGCCGAAACAAUACCUGUUCCCAUUACUGAGUUUUCCCACAGGCUGUGCGCUCCUUCACUCGCCACAGUUCCAACAAACCGCUUCAUGUCAAGCUUAUCUUCCCCUUAGAGUGUCUCCCCCACGCUGGGCACCAUGAAGUACAGGACUCUGGUGAUGUACAUGGAGAUCGGCUCCUUCGUCUCAUGCCUCUCUGGGUGGAUUCUGGUGAGUUCUACUUUGGCUAUUGAGUACUGGACCUGGUCGGAGGUGGGUAGCGUUGUCCUCACCACCGGUAACUAUUACUCCAACCUAUGGAUGGACUGCGUCUCCGACACCACCGGUGUGUCAGACUGCAAGUACUACCCUUCUUUGCUGGCUCUUCCAGUGUUUCUGCAUGUUUGUCGGGCUCUGGCCAUUGUAUCAGUGAUCCUGGGAUUUUGGGGAGCUGUCCUCGCCUUCAUUGGGAUGAAAUGCACCAAGAUAGGUGGUUCAGAGCUGGCCAAUGCCAGGGUAACAUUUGCUGCUAGCAUCACCUACCUUGCCUCUGGGUUCUCUGGCUUGAUAGUAUAUUCCUGGUGGGGGAAUAAGGUGCGUUCCGAAUUUGUAGAUCCAAAUUUCAGAUCCCAGAAAUUUGAGAUUGGUGCAGCUGUGUUCAUUGGGUGGGGAGGAUCCUGUCUUAUCAUCGCCGCUGCUUCUGUCAUGUGUUAUUUCUCGGGACGAGAGGCCCUAUCUUUCAUUAGUGGGAAGAAACGUCCACCUAGGUCCUACGUCACCGCACGGACGCGGACACGGACACGGACAUACAUGCUUCCAGGGUCAUCCAGACAAGCACGCACUCUAGCAGCAUCUUCCAGACGGACACCUAAGCCCACACCCAUGCCUCCUCUGUGGUCUGGCAACGUCAGCCUCGCAAGCAAGAAAACGCGCAGCGUUCGGACCGCCCAACCACUCAGCAUGGACUCAUUUGUAUGAGUCUGAGUCUGGUCCACAUCAACAACCUGCGUCUGUACAGAAUGGCACA